CCUAUCGAGUGCAGAGUGAUAUACUAAAAGAGAGGAGCCGGAGAGGGAGAGAGCGGUGACGGCCCGGGCGAGAGAGCUACGAGGGCUCUGUUUCUCUAAUAUAGUUUAGUGCCGGGGUCACUAAUAGGGGCAUUUCUGCUAUCAGGACAGUAUGACGGAGCCGCAGUCAGCGCUCCUGCUGCGGAGGCAGCUCGCAGAAUUAAAUAAGAAUCCAGUGGAAGGGUUUUCAGCAGGACUCAUAGACGACAAUGAUCUGUAUCGAUGGGAAGUUCUAAUAAUUGGCCCGCCUGAUACAUUAUACGAGGGUGGUGUUUUCAAGGCUCACCUUACGUUUCCAAGGGAUUACCCUCUCAGGCCGCCGAAGAUGAAGUUUAUAACAGAGAUAUGGCAUCCAAAUGUCGAUAAGAAUGGAGAUGUAUGUAUUUCCAUUCUUCACGAGCCUGGUGAGGACAAAUACGGCUACGAGAAACCAGAGGAACGCUGGCUUCCGAUUCACACAGUGGAAACCAUAAUGAUCAGUGUCAUAUCUAUGCUAGCAGACCCCAACGGGGACUCUCCAGCCAAUGUGGAUGCAGCGAAAGAAUGGAGAGAAGAUCGUAAUGGUGAAUUUAAAAGAAAAGUUGCCCGCUGUGUAAGAAAAAGCCAAGAGACUGCUUUUGAGUGACAUUUUAAUCAGCAGCUAGUAGCUUCAUGAUUUCAGGGUCUCCAUUUGAGAAACAAGGCACUGUUUUUUCCUGCACUCUACCCACCUUUUUGCUGGACUUUUUGUUGUAAUAAGUUGGCAGACACUGGCUGGCACUGGGUUGCAAUAAAACAUGCCAGUUAUCAAUGCUGACAAGAGCCUAACAAGUGCCAACUUUAAAGGUGAUAUUUCGCAUUUCAAAAUCGAAUGAACUGCUUUAAACUUCAGGAAGAAUUGUACAGACCUGUACAUAGCACAACAUGAUCCGGAUAAUAUAUAUACUGUUCAUGUACAUCCAUAAAUACACAUUGUACCAAAUAAUGCUAUCUUGAUGUUAGGGUAAGAAUUAUGUGAAGUCUGGUGGGAAUGCUUAAAAAAGGAACACGACAAUAUGAAGAAAAGGAAGAAACGCAUAUGUUGGAUUUUCCCGGUCCUUUUGUUCGGUCUGAUCUCUGCAGCUGUGAAUUGAUUAUUAGUUUGUUUAAACAAAAAAAAAAGCAUGUGAGGUUGGGAUCUAUUAGGCUUACGGUAUUCUAAGUCCCCUCUAGGUAGCAAGAGCCCAUUAAAGCCUUUCAAAAAUGUAUCUUCCUUCUGGCCUUACGAAGGCUACUGUCCUCUCUAUGCAGAAAAAGGCCACUUUGUGAAGCUGAUGGAUAUUAUCAUUAACCCCCCCAACUUUUAACAGUUCAAUGCAGCAGAUUUUAAGAGAUUAUCCAUUUGAGGAGUUUGUACACACAAAACAAUAUACAGUAUGUCCAGUGACUUCUCAAAAGAACCCUGUAAAACUGGUGUUUCUGAACCUUUUUUCCCAUCUUUGGUCACUACAGGAAUUUGGUUACCUUUUUAAAAGUGAUCACCCACAAACAACCCCUAAGGGAAAAAAAAACCGCUGGUAAUUAAACUCCUGAAGUGCCUUAUUGUUACGUUACAGAAAACCCCGAUGUAAUAUAGUAGAAAAAUAUUUGAACGUCCCAUCAGGUUAUCUGCAAAAGUGAACUCCUAAAGGUGGAAGCGAGACCUCUUUCUACCAGGAGCCCCCAAAACUGCUGCUUUUAAUGAACUGACCUGUAAGCAUUGGCGACUCUUUCCUGUCUGCUUCUUUUCCAUAGAUGCCUGGUAAUGAAAAAGGAAAGCAUGCAUAGAUAUUGGUUUAUCAAAGUCUAUUCAGGGUUGACCAUGUUGCAUUUUCUGUUUUUGUCUCCUUUUUAUCCAUCUUAGUUUACCACGAUCCUGGUCAUCUCACCGGCCCCCCCAUGCCCCAUUAUCCUUUUGACCUUUUUAUCGUCCUAUUGCAGUUUUUCCUCACUUAAUGUACAAAGAGAAAAUUGCGAUGUAUAUUUUCAUGUAAUUUGAUUUUGGAAUUCUGUCACCUUCUGUAGUGCGUUCUUCCAAAAUAUAAUUUUUUUCCAAUA